AUGUACAAGUCAAAGCUGCAAGAAGUGUGUCAAAACAAGAAAUGGGCACUACCUAAAUACUGUUGUAUGAAAGAUGGAGAAGACCACGACCCAAAAUUCAAAGCUUCUGUGGUUGUCAAUGGCAUUAAUUUUGACUCUCCAACUUUGUGCAAAUCAUCUAAGGAAGCCCAUAAUGAAGCUGCUAAGUUUGCUUUCCUUCACUUUACUUCUGUAAGUGGUUCAAUUCCAACUACAGAAGCUAUUGGACUGACAAAAGUUGAGGGAGAAUGCCUAAGUCUGCAGGAUAAAAGUACUUCUGAGGUCAAGCAAGGUGGUUCACUUCCAACUGUAGAAGGUAGUGGAAUAACGAAAACUGAGGAACCAUGCCAAUUUCCUUUUGAGAUCAAGCAAGAAGAUUCUCACUACCAGUACAAGACAAAGCUGCAGAUUUAUGCAAAAAGAAAAAAUCUUGGUGUACCUGUGUACCAAAGCAAAAGGAAGAGUUCAUCUCGAGAUCUUUAUUUCGAGGCAACUGUGAUACUGGCUGGUGAAUUGUUCAAAAGUCCCGGAGCAUACAAGUCUGCAGGGGAAGCAGAAGAUUCUGUUGCACAGCUUGCAUUAAUGACACUGCUAACCGUUUCCUUUGAAAAGAGUAAUGCCAGCAUUUACAAGAGUUUCCUGCAAGAACUGGCACAACAUGAAGAAAUUUGCUUGCCUGAAUAUAGAACAACCGGGGUUGGUGAGCCUCACAAUUUAACGUUCUUGUCAAGUGUGGAAAUUGAAGGAGAAAUAUUUCGCGGAGAUGGUGCAAAGUCCAAGAAACAGGCAGAAGAAAAUGCUGCCAAGGUUGCUUAUACCGCUUUGACAAAAUGCAAAUCCUUCUUUGCUGGUAAUCCUUCAACUGUUUCCUCGGACUUUGAAGGUGAAAUUGUCAAAACUGAACCUAUCAUGGAUUCACUGUCCAUUUCUAUUGAUCAAGAAAAAUUCAGAGGGUUGUCUCAUAUUAUAAGACUGUUGUUAAUGUCUUAUUAUUACUGGAAUGAAAAGGAUAUGGUUAAUGCAUCUUCGAUUUCUCUGGGCAUGCAAGAGCUCAGUGUAAACGAGAAAUCAUCUUCUUCAGUGGAAUCAUCACGCAAUUUUCGUAGUAAAACUAUAUCAUCAGCUGCAAUGACACCAUGCAAAUCAUCUACUCUCUCGAAUGCAAAUUCUAGUGCAAGGACGACUGCAGAAACCAAAAGUUACCUCCUUUCCAACAGGGUCAGAGUGUACAAAUACAUUCCAGAUGAGGUGUUCCCCAGGGGUACUAUUGUGCUUCCUAUUGCUGAAGAUAAGUGGGCUGUUGUGAGCUUGGAAUUCCCCAACGAGAAGUGUGGCUAAUGAGGCAUGUUAAGUACUUACGUUUAUCGUCCUAUUAAACACAGAGGCUUAACUGAAUCAAGGAUGAUUAUAGCUAGCAUCUAUUUAAAGUACUUGUAUAAAUGUUUUAUUUUCUGAAACAUUAAAGUGUUUGUGGAAGUUAAAUGGUACUAUUAUGAACUUAGCUUCA